GCUGGCCUUGCAAUUCCUUUGAAUAUUUUACUUUUAGCCAGUCUCUUUUCAGAGUCAUACACACAGGCACAAACAGAGACACAUGCUGAGCUGAAGUGAACCACAGAAAUGGGCUGCUCUGGGAGAUCUGAAAUCUGAUCACACACAACCUCUCUCCCUGGUUAUCUGUUACAUACCUCUGCCUAUCUAUAUAGGCAGGCAGAGAGGGAAAGAGGAACAGUAUCAGCCACACCAUCACCACCAAAGAGAACACCUUAUCUCUUCUGGCUGGAUACACACACACAAACGCGCACACAGAGAGAGACAGACUCACACACAUCUCUUUCUCUCCUCCUGGCUCCCCUACAAGAUUUUGCUGGCUGUUUUUCAUGGAGAAAGUCCAAGGAGAAAUGGAGAUUGAGAGAUGGGAAAGAAGCGAAGAGAUGUCAGAUGCAGAGAAAAAGGUGAUUCAGGAGACAUGGAGCACCGUGUAUGCAAACUGCGAGGACGUUGGGGUCUCCAUACUGAUCAGGUUUUUUGUCAACUUCCCAUCUGCCAAGCAGUAUUUCAGCCAAUUCAAACACAUGGAAGAUCCACUAGAGAUGGAGAGGAGUCUGCAGCUGCGUAAACAUGCCAGACGGGUCAUGGGGGCUAUUAACAGUGUGGUGGAGAAUAUCUAUGAUUCAGAAAAGGUCUCCUCUGUACUGGCCCUGGUGGGCAAGGCGCAUGCUGUCAAGCACAAAGUGGAACCAGUCUACUUUAAGAUUCUCAGUGGCAUAAUGCUGGAAGUGCUUGCAGAAGAAUACGCCAACGAGUUCACUCCAGAGGUGCAGAGAGCUUGGGCCAAGAUGAGAAGUCUUAUCUACACUCAUGUGACCGCCGCGUACAAGGAGGUGGGCUGGGUGCAGUACCCGAACUCUACGAUGAACCCCCAGGUGACGGCGGUGGCAGCGGCGGCAGGAGCAGCAGCAAAGUGACAGAGCCCCUACCACAGACCUGAAAAGCUGUUUCUCAGUGAGGAAUAAACUGGCACCGGAUCAUAACACUCAAGAGAACUCCAUCUGUCUCCUUUAAUUAUCCUGUGUACAUAUUAGUGAGAGGAAGUGCUUUAUGAUUUCUAUAGCUCAGGCCAGCAAAGCUAUAGAACACCAGACGUGCUUAAGCACUCUCCCUGAAGUAUAGACAGACAAAAUUUAAAUCAUGUACACUGUGAACGGGGGGAGGGAAUAUCUUUAAUUUCCCCAGGGGGAAAAAAAAUAAACAUUAAAUAGAUCAAGACUGUUAACAACUCAUUCACGUUUAUAGCUCUGGAGACUUUGCAAUUUUUGUCUGCCUUGCAGAGCCCGUUCCAUUGAAUGCUGCUGUAGUUUCAGUUUGUUUCCAUCUUUUGUACUAAGAUGAGAAUUUAAAGCUCUAGUAUUUGAACUCUGCAAGUACUUUUGUGCGCAUAUGCCACUUUUGAGUAAUUCUGUGCCCACCUUUUAUUCAAAACACUAGAGAUGUGUGCAUAAGUGCUUGCAAGAUCUAGGUCCAGAAUUGUAUCCGCACGAUCCAUUCAGAGCCAUCUCCUUCUGGGAUCCAUUUGAUCAAAGUACAUCAUAGCCUAGAUUUGAAUUCUUAAUGAUGGGUCAAAUUCAAGCCUCGUCUGUCAUUUAUGCUUUUCUUUGAUGUUAACUCCUGUAGACUGGAGUUUCUCUGGAAUUAUAUCAACAGUGUUUUCAACUCUCACUGUUUUGUCGUGAGUCUUGUAUUAUCUAGUGUAUCCUCCCCUUUAAAGAACCAACUUGAGGAGUUGUGAGACUGCGGGAGAGUCUUUCAAGGAAGUUUAGCCAAAGUUUGAAUAUGUAAAAUGAGUGCAAUCAAAAACCAAAUGAAUCUAUUGAAGAUUAUGUCAAUAUAUGUAUUUCCAGAUGUGAUGCCUAAAAUAUGUUGGGGGAGGGGUGACUCAUGAUUUUAAAUCUACCCUAUGUACCUUGGCUCUCAGACUCAAGGCCCAAUGAUUCCAUUGGGCUUCCUCACAAGUAAGUCUGCAGCGUCUUUCAUCCUUUGUUACCCAUUUAGAUCACAAUCCUGUGUGCAGUUAUAAAAGUUUACUGCAAGUCAGUAAGAUUUAUGCAGGCUUGAAUGUACACAGGACUACAGUUUCAGAGCUGACAAUACUGUAGCAGGGUAGGCUCAGUAUGUCAACACAAUCAACUUUCAAAUUAUUAUUUUUUUUAAUUCAUUCAUUCGAAUUAUAUUUGGAAAGAUCUGAUAUUUAUCUUUGGUGAAUUCCAGCAGAUGGGGUUGCCUCCUGACCAGGAACAAAACCCUGACUGGCUGCCUUUCACAGAAGUUUGAGCAACAAAAAUCUCAGCAUGUGAAGCUUUUUAGGAUGCUGGAACAAGGUUAUCUUCACCCGGCAAUGUCUGCAGAUCAAACUGCUGAUAAAGGCAGAGCAGCAGGCAAUCUUAGUAGGCUGCCAUUUUAAUAGAGCAUUUACUUUUUUUAAAAUGUUGAACUAAAAAAAUUGUGCAAUAGCAGGACACUUUUAAAAAAACAGCCUAUCAAAACCAGGGCUUUUUUUCAGCAGGAACGCAGUGGAACGGAGUUCCGGCACCUCUUGAAAAUG